AUGGAGAUCAUCCAAGCCACCCAGGUUUCCUUGCUGUCUCAGGAAACCCCUACAGCUAUGUGGAGUAACAACUCAGUUCCGCCCUACUCCCACUUCCUGCUCCUCUCCACUCCCUCGGAACCGCUUUUCAGCUUAAGCCCAACUGAUGGCGCGUUUCUUUUUAACACCUGUCAGAACUGCACCAAACCUGAAUCCCUUCCAGGUUUGGCCGGAAUCUUCAUCCCCCUCAUCUACGGGAUAGUAUGUGUUGUUGGGCUGUUGGGAAACACUCUGGUCAUCCAUGUUGUUGUCAACUACACCAGGAAUGAAUCAGUCACCAACAUCUACAUUCUGAAUUUAGCCAUUGCUGAUGAGCUAUUUAUGCUGGGUCUGCCCUUCUUGGCCGUGCAGAAUGCUCUGCUGUCCUGGCCCUUCGGCUCUCUAAUGUGCCGUGUCGUCAUGACAGUGGAUGCCAUCAACCAGUUCACCAGCAUCUUCUGCCUCACUGUAAUGUCAGUCGACCGCUACCUGGCAGUGGUGCAUCCCAUUCGCUCCUCCUGGUGGCGGCGCCCUCAUGUGGCCAAGGCUAUCAGUGCCACUGUUUGGGCAGUGUCCAUCGUGGUGGUGCUGCCAGUGGUGGUAUUCGCCGACGUGCUGAAGGAUGAUGGGAACUGCAGCAUCGUGUGGCCCGAGCCUGCUGACGUGUGGAAGACGUCCUUCAUUGUGUACACGUGCACUGUUGGUUUCUUCUGCCCCCUGCUGGUCAUCUGCUUGUGCUACCUGCUGAUUGUCAUCAAGGUGCGAAGUGUUGGAAAGCGGGCGCAGGCCACAUCCUCCCGACGCAGGAAGUCCGAGCGUAAAAUCACAAGGAUGGUAGUCGUGGUGGUGGCGGUGUUUGUCCUCUGUUGGCUACCGUUUUAUGCUCUGAACAUUGUCAACCUCCUGGUGGUACUGCCAGGCGACUUCAGGGGGCUCUACUUUUUUGUUGUGGUGCUCUCAUAUGCGAACAGCUGUGCCAACCCCAUACUGUACGGAUUUCUGUCCGACAACUUCAAGAGAGGCUUCAGGAAGGCGCUGUGCCGCAACUCACGCAGGGUGAAGAACAACGACAGGGCCGGCACUGAGGUACAGCGGCCCACGGAGGAGUGGGGUGGCAUGGUGCUUCAAACGCUUAGGAGCCAAGACGCCAGCAACGAGAACAGGGGAGACUGUGGUGGAAAGGACGCAGGGGAAGAAAUGCGCGCAAGAGAGACGAAGGAAAUAUGCAAAAAGUCAGAAGACGGACGCCACAGUGAAGUGACAGAGAGCUCAAGGACACUGGUCGUGCAGCGGAAUAAGUCAGAGCCUGAGGAUCCUGGUCAGAUUGCCCAACAUGCAGAAAUAACUGAGACAACGACCGCUGCGGUCGGUAAAAUUAGAAACAGCAGGUCAGAACCCGAAGACCUGCUGGACAAAAACUCUGCGCUUGAAAUCAGUUACCUGUAACACAUGAGAACAGGUUUUUCUUUGGACCUUGGCACCUGCCAUUGAAGAGAUUUCUUAGAGAUGUUUUACUCAAGAUGUGAAUAUCAAGUGUGUACAGUGAC